GCAACUUGAAUAUAGUUGUGUCAGUAAUGGCGUGUGUUGUGAUAAAUUUGCAAGCUAAUCCAUUAGAACAUCAGAUGACAGAUACUAAUAUGUUUGGCUUCGAAGCUUUGCACAAAGUACAUUGUAAAGAAAUUAAUAAAAAGCAAGAUGUAAUAAUCUUAUUAAUACACUGGUAUUUAACGAAGUGUGGAUUCCGUUGCAUUGGCAUCGGAGAUGAAAAAGCUUUUGAUGCAUCUCAGAAAGGAUCUGAAUUACUUCCAGAAGGAUGGAAUUCGCAAACUAGUUAUACAUUACGUUAUAUUAAGGAUGAAAAAUUAUAUAUACUUCUUGGAAUCAAAUCAGAUAUGGAUCUGUUAUUAAACUUAGUGAGACACCAUGACGAUUCUAUCUCUAAUAUUCAGUUCUCUAUUGAAGAAACUGUAAUUUCAUAUUCUGGGCUUUUAGAAACUAUGAUACCAUCAUAUCACACAAUUUUAUAUAACAUGCAAAAAGAUUUUAUAGGUGCAAUAUAUUCUGGAAAUACUAAAGAGGUAGCAACUCAAACAAACUCGAGCAACUCACAUUCCUUUUCCAUUAAAUUAAAUGAAAAUCAAAGAAUGAGACGGCCAAUAAUUAGUGAACAUGAUCCUGAACAUGAUCCUGAAAGAGUAGGAGUUAGAGAUCUUAAUCCGUUUGGACAAGGCGGUGGCAUGAUAUUCAAUCCUUUUCCUUAUCGUCCCGCUAGACCUAGUUUAGGAGUACCUGGAAGAUUGCCACCAGGUGCAAUACCACCUGGCGCAAGAUUCGAUCCCCUUGGUCCACCUGAUGUGGAGCCAUUAAGACCGUAUGCCCGUAGACCCGACGACGACCAUUUUCCUCCUCCAGGAUUUGAUAUGUUUGAUUGAUUUUAUACUUAAUUAUGUGUAUCCGGAUAUUGUUAAAAAAAAUAUAAAACUUAAUAUAAAAUUUAAUACAAAAUAUUAACUUGUAAAAAGAAUUGAAAGAAAUGCUAAGAGUUAAUUAAUACUGUGUAAAUAAUAUUGUUUUUUUUUAACAAUAAAAAAUAAUAUUUCCUUUGCAA